AUGACAGCAACAAACAACAACAGCAACUAUAUCGUUUCUGAUGAAAAUAUCAUUGAUUCAUUAGCUGAGGAAUUAGUUGUGGCAGAAACUAAAACCCUCAACGAAAGAAUUGGUGAAAACAAGAUUGAUUUACAUAACUACCUCAAACAUGAUGGAGGAAGAGGAAGGAAAACUGGUAUGGCUUUAUUAGUAAAUAAAAUUUCAAAUUUAACGAUUAUAGAUGUUGAUAUCAAUAAAUCAUACAAUGAUGAACUUAAAGAAACAGUUAGAAAAGACAUUUUAUCAAAACUUUCGGAUAAAGAUGUUAUCGUUAAAACCGCUUCAGGAGGUCUUCACAUUUAUUGCAACACUAAUUUCUUCUAUUCAACCUCGAACAGAAUGAUUAAAUGUUAUUCCUGCAAUGAUUAUGAUAUUGAUAUCAUGACUUCUAUGGAUGAUUCAAAGCGUUCUUUAGUGGUUAUGGCUGAUUCAAGAGUUCGCAAGAAUGCAACAGAACCAAUCAAUACAUACUCAUUCAUUCGUGGAAGUUAUGAUUCAACAUUAACUAGAACAGUGAAUGAUAUAUUAAAUGAUUUGAAUAUUAAGGUAAGAGUUGAACAGAAGAAUGAAGAAAUAAAGACUAUCAUGAAUGAAAACAAAGAU